UUCUUUUUGUUUUUCCCCUUCAAGGAUAUCCAAAUCUCAGCCCUCAGCCCUCAGCCUAAACAAAGCAAACGAAUGAAGUAACAACGUCAGCGAAUCUGGCCUUCCGUUUCUCGAUCGAGCCGGCCAGCCGCCGUGCGUCAUUGAGGCACGUGACAUUUCGAUCAUGGGGUCACGCAAGCCCCGUCCAAUAGAACUACCCCAUCCAAUAAAUGCCCGGCGAGUCCAACGUUCAACUACCGACCAAAAACAGAGCAAAACAGAGCAAAGGGACCUGCUCCGCUCCUUUCCUCAAAUCUCAAUGGAUUCUCCCCAGUCUCUCUACUUGCCUUUAUCCGACUCCUCGUCGGCAUCGGAGACGGGCUCGCAGGAGAACUACCCCUGCACCAGAGCAUGCGUAGAAGGUCUCCCUCUUCCCUUCGACACCAACGACGCCGCAGAGAUGCAAUUGCUCGACAUGCUUAUCAGCAUCUCUUCUUCAACAACUGCGACGAGCAGCGGCGGACUCGGAGACGUCGAAUCAUUGCAGAGAAGCCAAUUCGAGACGACAGCGCCAGUGAACGCGGGAGAGAAAAGCUACCGCGGGGUGCGGAAGCGGCCGUGGGGGAAGUUCGCGGCUGAGAUCCGCGACUCGACGCAAAAAGGGGUGAGGGUGUGGCUGGGCACCUUUGACAGCGCCGAAGCCGCCGCCUUGACGUACGACCAGGCCGCGUGGGCGAUGCGGGGGCCAGCGGCGGUGCUCAACUUCCCGGCGGAGCGCGUCCGGGAGUCGCUACACGGGCUGGGGAUCGACUUUGGGGGAUCCCCCGUGCUGGCCCUCAAAAAGAGGCACCGCAUCAGGCGGCGAUCGCCGGCGAAGCAGCGUAAGGCCAGGGAUUCCACCGGCAGCGGCGGCUGCAGAAGCAGCAGUGGCACGGAGAGCGUGGUGGAGUUGGAGGACUUGGGAGCAGAGUAUCUGGAGGAGCUACUGAGCCUCUCCGAGCUUGCGAGCCCACAGUGACGUCGCCAAGCAAUGCAUUAUCCACUAGAUUGAUAGAUGACUGAUAGAUAUCAGUUGACAGGUUGGAGGGAAGAGAUGGCUUGUUGCUUUGUCCGAAUCCACGAUGCGUGUAUCCAAAUAUUUGUCGUUAACAAUUGUGAAUGCUUCGGGUAGAAUUCCAUCAUCACGUUACGUUACGUGACGUGAGCCUUCAAAAGUAUAUAUGGUCAUAAAUAUUUCUAUUUUAUUUUUGUUCAUGUUAGUCUUCUUUUUGAGAAAAUUGUAAGAUGCAUUGAACGUUAUUGAGGUUUGCCAUGGGACCCAUCUGAUAAUAAACGA